AUGAGCAACUUUUUUGAUGUCAGCGACAGUGAUGAAAGUCUGGAUGAGGUCAUACAUCACGAUGAGCAGGUGGAAAGGAAGGUGGCACAAAUUGACCCCAAGUGGUUUGAGGUGACCGAUGAUGAGGACGCGGAUGAAAGGCAAGUGGUUCUGUCCCGCAAUGAGAAGUCACUGAACGAAAUCCAGACCACCUGUGACCUUUUUGAUUUUAACGUCGACCAUGAAUCUUGGUCGGAGGCGGAAAAGGCUUUUAUUCAGCUAAGACAAAAGGCGUCGGCACAUAAAGAAAAGUUUAAGGUGAUUCCGUGGCCAUUUUUGGAAUGUCUUCGGAACACCCCCGACCUAUCUGAAAAAAUGGAUGAGAAGGAAACAUUUAAAAGGCCAGAGGAUUUUUACAGCUUGAAAAGGCUAAUCAAGGCCCUCCAAGAAUUGACUGAAAUCCAUAAGAAUGAUAUUGAAAGGUUACAUGACGAGGAAAGCGAAGAGGACGGUGGUGAUGAAGGACAGGGUGAGGAGGAAAAGGAACUCACUGAGGAAGAUAUUACACAGGAGCUGAAGCAAUCAGUAAUACAAAAGGGGAAAAGGGCCGCGAGAUGCCAGAAACUGGCCCAAGAAAGCAAGAAAAGAGGCCUUACAGCACUUCGUAUCACCGCCCUGGGAAUCCUGGCAGAAGCGCUCCUUGAAGAAGAUACACGUUUGCCCUACGUUGCCACCGCCACUUGGACGAAAUCCUUUGAUGCUGUGAGUCGAAUCUAUUCACUAAUAACUGAAAAUCCGGCAAUAGCAGUCAAAGAAGUCUUUUCUGGAGAUCUCACAAGCAAACGAGCUGUGAUUAUGGAUGGUUUGUGCGGUUUAUUGCAAAAGCUUCACGUUCAUUUACAGCGCAUCGCGCAGUUUAAAACAGGUGCCACGGAUGAAUACUUUGAAAUAAUUCAGUUGGAAAAUCAACUAGUGGACCUGGCAGACUCUGUUCUCGGUUACUACCAGCAGCGCAAGCGUGGAAAGGCAAUUUGCUGUCAAAUUCUCAUCGAUAUUCUCGGCUCAAGAAGGCAACAGGCUCAUGAUAUUCUCUAUCACAAAAUGACUCGUCUGACUCGCAACAUUGUCACUACCUCUGUAAUUGAAACGGUCCGUGAGCUUUAUCAAGAAAUUCUCGUCAUAGGAAAUGAAGAGGCAAAGUGUAGUGCCCUUCUUUACCUCGCAUAUCAGAUGGGAUUGGAAGGAAAGUAUCGAGACGGACGAGAUCUCGUUCUUCGGUCUGGUGUGGAAGAAACCGUAGAAAAAUCCGUUCAUCUUGCCAUUUUGUACAACAGAGUUAUUGCGCAACUUGGCUUGGCUUCUUUUGCAGCGGGUGAUGUCAUUCAAGCUUACAACCUCCUCAGCUCUUUGUGGUCUAAUCGGAACCAUGAUGUUUUGAUUAGCCAACGGAUGCCAGAUUACGUGAAAGAAAAUGAUGAAGAGGAGCUGAAGUUUCGCGAUUUGCUGGUGCCUCCACACGCUUACAUUCAGCAUGCUCAGUUGGAGCUUGCAACGAUGCUUUCUACUCUUGUGGUGGAUACGCCAAAGGAAGCCAAAAAGCCUUAUGAGGGUAGUCGUCAUCAAAGCUAUUUCUUCCGGAUAAUCAACCAAAUGGCGUAUCAGCCGUUAUUGGGUGAUCCAGUGGAAUUCAGAGAGCAACUAACAGCAGCCUACAUUAAUCUAAAACUGGGCGAUUAUGCAAAGGCCAGUGAAGUCAUCAAAAGCAUGGGUGCAUGGUCCAUGAUGCCAAAUGGUGACGAGGCUCUAAAAACAUUUUUGCAGCAUUUAAAAGAAGCAGCCUUCCGCAUAUUCUGUUACAAUAAUCGGUGUAAUUUUGCCACGAUAUCUGUGGAUUUGAUGAUGAAAAAGUACGGGUUAGAUGAGAAUGAAGUAAAGUGCAUAAUCAACGACAUUAUCUCGGAAAGCAACAGCUCACUCAUAGCUUUCUGGGAUAGGGAAGACAAGUACCUUCAUGUUGACCGAAGCAAUACUUCUCGACUUCAGUAUUUGGUGGAGGGGAUCGCAGAAAGUGUUGUUGAAGUUGCACAGUACUCGGAGAGGCGUGUGCGUGAUAGUGACUUCAGAGGACGUGGACGUGGGCGCGGUCGAGGACGUGGUAGAGGAGGAUUUUAA